AUGGCCCAUCUUUUUCACUAUCAUUUUCUACUCUACUUCCUCCUGCAAACAUGCCAUGCUCAGAAGGACAGCAUCAUCUCAAUCCCGUAUGAGCUCACAUACCUACUCCCCUCACGCUUCAACGGAGACAUUUCCUAUAGCUUCGUAAAUGGUACCACUACGUCGGACCCGUCCGUCAAUACCCUGCUCAAGUCCGCGAUGCACGCACCCUUCAUCUCGUAUGACGACGAAUUCCUCGCGCUCCUCGGCCCAAACCCUUCCGUGGAAUUGAUAGAUGAGCGCGAAGUCAACUUCGCUGCCGAGGCAGGCGUCUGGAUUAGCGAGCGCAACGAGGUCUGGUAUACGACUUGGAUCAACGAUGGGCCCACCAGGGUGGAAAUUUUAGACCUGGUAGACAACAGCAUCCGGAACUUAACUUCUUCAAUGCCUUUGGAGAAUCCCAACGGAGGAUACUAUCACCAGGGUCGGGUAUAUUUUACCUGCCUGCGCGACGAAUCUCGAGGCUGGCCAGGCGGAGUUGUAUCCGUUGAUCCGGAAACGGGUGACGUCGAGAGAAUCCUCAACUCAUACUUCGGUCUCAAGUUUGACAAUAUCGAUGAUGUGGCCUGGGUCACACAACCCGGUACCAACAACUCCUUCAUGUUCAUCACCAUUCUGCCAUACCCCGAAACCUUCGGCACCGGGACAAAUGAUACUCUACCUCAGGGUCUAUGGCGCUGGGAUCCGCAAACAAAACUUCUGCUGCCGGCAAUUAGCAGGACCGAGUUGCCCGUUGCAAAUGGAGUCAGAUUUUCAAAGGAUCAGAAGACGCUUUGGGUGACGGAUUUUGGUGGUGCGGAACGCAGUAGGACCUGGGGUCUGCCGGCUGAAGUUGGAGCACCAGCGAUAUACAAGUAUAGGCUCGACGAGGACAUGUGGCCUGUGAAUAAGCGUAUCUUCGGAAUCUCGAGAAUGCAAGCGCCCGAUGGUAUACGGAUAGAUGAUCGGGGGAGAGUGUGGACUGGUGAGGGAGAAGGAAUCGUGGUGCGAGCAGCUGAUGGGAGGAUCAUCGGACUCUUCAAUGCUCAAUACUUUACUAGAGAUCCUACAAGUACAGCAAUUGUGCAAUUUGCGCUUGCUGGGGAUAUACUAGUGAUUCUGGGUCAGAAUCAGCUAUGGACAGUGAAACUUACAGAGACAUUGUUAAGUCGCUAA